AUGUGCUCAGAGAAUAUCAAUUUCUUUGCGACCGACAAAUUCUAUUCGGGAACCCUUCAUAUUCUCACUGCCAUCGAAGUACCUGUACAUCUAUUUGGUGCUUACAUUAUAGUCGCGAAGACACCGAGAAAAAUGAAAACUGUGAAGGCUAGCAUGCUUUUGCUUCAUUUUGUUGGCGCAUUUGUGGAUGUUUAUUUGAGUUUUAUUGCGACUCCGGUGCUAACGCUACCUGUCUGUUCGGGGUAUCCUUUGGGGAUAUCGGUGGCUUUAGGAAUUCCGACGGAUUUGCAAGUUUAUUUAGGAAUUUCUUUUGUUGGAGUGAUAGCUGUAACUAUCCUUACAUUCUUCGAAGACCGUCAUUAUCGAUUGAUUCACGGCCAUGGAACUAAUGGGAAGAAGAACUGGAAGCGUGUGGUGUAUACAGUAGUUCAUUAUCUUAUUUCAGUGAUUUUUAUCGCUCCGGGCUAUAUGAAUAUACCGGAUCAAGCGGUGGGGAAGGCCACCGUUAAGAAAAUAUUUGUGCCAAUCGUGGUACUUACCUUCCCAGUUUUGUAUAUUGUUUUGGCGAUUUGGUUCGAUUAUUAUAACCAAGGAGCUACCAACAUCGCCCUCGCAGCAAUUGCCUUUCACGGAAUUCUAUCUACCAUUACUAUGCUCGUUGUGCACACCCCGUAUCGAAAUGCCACUCUUUCUAUAUUCAGAUUUAAUUCCGAAAAUACGGUGAACAAUUCCCAUCAGAUAUGGAAAACUGUGAUAGGGACACAAGCUCAAGCUAGUGUUUGGUAA